AUGGCUGACUUGUCGUCCGAGCCCGAGCGGAAACAUGCCGCCGCAGAAGAAGAUGACGACGGCCACGAUAACGAUGGGACUCUGCGCGACGCGGAUACGAUAAAGUUCGACAAGGCCGAUGCCGCGGAUCGCAUCGUGGAGAUCCUAGAGGAAGAGCGGGAGGAAGCGCGCCAUGCGGACCCUUCAACCCCUAUAGGCAACGGUGUGGUCGCUCAACGACAUCCCAAGCUGAUGCUCGAUUCCCGCAACGAUACCGCGUCCGACGAUGGCUCCAUUGACGGUGGCUUACCGAGGCGUGCCGGCAGCCCCAUUGACUCCCUUCUCUCCGUCCCCGACGACUCGCCUUCUGCACAGGGCUCUGUCGUCUCUUCCCCUAGCAGCAGCAGCCUCCUCCGCUCAAUGCCCUCCCGCCCAGGUCUUGGCGGCCCGACACCUUCUUUUCGUCCCUUUGACCGCCGCUUUCAGUCACGCAUCGCUUCACCUAGCCUCCUCUCCCAGCGGCCGUCGUCACCGGCCUUCCUGUCCGCCCACAGCCGCAACGCUUCGCUCAGCAGCACCUUCAUCCUAGACUCCUCAAAUGCCGGUGAAACGGAGGCUUCAUCGCCGCCAUGGGAGGUUGUGCGGUGGACUAAGCUCAAAAAACUUACGUCCCAGGCCUUUUCCGAGACCGGGAAGAGGAACUUUGGCUCCCCAACUUGCAUAGCCGUGUCGGACUGCAUUGUAUUGGGCACGUCCAAGGGUAUAAUAUUAAUGUUUGAUUUUCACCAAAACUUGAAGAUGAUUGUAGGGCCUGGAACAAAAGCUGUCGAAUCAGGGGCCAUCACUUCUAUAGCCGUUUCGGCCGAUCACACAACCAUAGCAGGCGGGCAUGCCGAUGGCAGCAUAUUCACCUGGGAUACUGCCCGCUCUGCCAGGCCCUUUUUGCACAUCCCGCAUCUUGACCCAUCUCAACUGAAGAACAGAACUACUGAUGGCCACGUCCCAAACGUUGCCGUCACGCAUCUGGGUUUCUUGGGCACCAGACGAACCGCUUUGGUUUCGGCGGAUGACAGGGGUAUGGCCUUUGCGCACCUGGCCACCCGCGGCACGGGAGCCCUGGGACGGGUGGUCAAGACGAGCAGGAUACUGGGACGGUACCCUGGCUCGCAACCACCAGCUGGAAAGCCCCUGAAGCCGAGCACGGUGCUCGCAUUUGCGCCUCUCCCCCUUGGAAAUGUCGAGCGUGCAACAGACACGAUGGGCUUGACGGCUAUGCUGACGCCUUACCUGCUCGUGGUGGUGUCUACGACUCCGGUCGCACAAACACAGCACAAAUCCCCACGUCCCAAGGAGGUCGCGCCACACAGCACCAUGAGCGGCUGUCUGGCUUGGUUUCCAGCCGUGAAGUUAAAAGUGCCAGACCCUCAAACCGGCAGCCACAUGUCCAAGGUCAAGCUGGUGUAUUGCUGGUCCAAUGUUCUGACUGUCUUGGACGUAGAUGAGAUCCCGGCAGAUACCAAGGAUAAACCGCCAAGUCUCAGCUUCAAGGCCAGGAGCCGAUGGAGGUCUGAAGAGGCCAUCGUAGCAGUGCAGUGGCUUAGUCGUUCGGUGCUUACAGUGUUGACUGUCACCCAACGGUUGAUUGUGCUCGAAGACCAGACGAUGCGCAUGACAGAGGCGUUUGACUUGAUCCACAAGCAUAUCUACCACACAGAUCUAUUCUCCAAGCAGCUGUACAGCCUCGUAGAGCAGCAUGAUGAGGAAGAUACCACCAUGCAUGGUGUGGUUGCCGACUCCUUUUCCAUGUCGUUCAGGACGUACAAGGGGCGCAUUUUCCUGCUCGGCUUUAACGAUGUCUCUAUCGGUGCCUUGUCCAACUGGGCAGACCGUCUGAUUGCGUUGAUGGAACAUGGGGACUACAUAGCCGCCAUACAGCUCGCCACUUCUUAUUACACCGGCGACGCAGACAAGCUCACCAUCGGCCUGCCAGAGGACGCCAGGUUAAGACACGACAUGGUCCAGGAGAAACUCAUGGAGAUAAUAUCUGCGUCACUCAAGUACGCUUUUGGGCAGCGCAAGAAAGACAAGAAGAUGGCGGAUGACGAACAUAUGCGCGAGCUGGCCGAGACGUGCUUCGUGGCCUGCCACAAUGUAGGGGAUGUAGACUUUCUGUUUGACGAAAUGUAUGAGUGGUAUGAGGAUGCGGGGCUCGAGGGAAUUUUCCUAGAGACGCUCGAGCCGUAUGUUCUCGAUAAGAGUAUUACGCAGAUUCCACCAGCAGUGGUCAAGGCCGUGGUGGCACACUUUGUCGAAAAGGGCUGGGAGAGCAGGCUAGAGGAGAUGGUCUGCCACAUGGACACGAGGACCCUUGAUCUCGACCAAAUGACGAGCCUGUGUCGGCAGCACAGUCUCUACGAUGCACUCAUUUACGUCUGGAACCAAGCGCUCAACGACUUUCUCACGCCUCUGAUCGAGCUUCUCAAGCUGUUGGUGCCCCUUAUGCUUAACGGGGAAUACUGCCCACCCGACGAAGUUGAUAAUGACGGGCCCCUCAACGCCCUCAAGAUAUUUCCGUACCUAUCAUAUGUGUUGACGGGACGGGUAUACCCAACGGAGGAGGCGAUGGACGAGGCGGUGGCCAUACAGGCCAAAUCGGAUAUAUACUGGUUUUUGUUCUCGGGCAAGAGCAUAUCCUGGCCAAAGGGGUCCGGGAAACGCUUCAUCACGAGGCCAGACCUCGAAGACGAACCGUCGUUCCCGUAUUUGCGGAUGAUCCUCAAGUUUAACGCGCCCGACUUCCUGGCUUGCUUGAAUGAGGCGUUUGAAGACGGCUUCCUGAACACUGAUGCGCCCGAAAAGAUGCUCAACGGGAGGAAUGGCGACGAAAACAGCAGUACCGACGAGGAGCGCGUGUUCGGUGCGACAGUUGACAGGCAGUACAUCAUCAGCAUCCUCACCGAGACCAUGACUGCGGCCAACGGGUUUGACGCCGAAGACACAAUUUACCUGGACAUGUUCAUAGCUCGGAACAUGGCAAAGUAUCCACAGUACCUGCUUCUACCCGGUUCGACGUUGACUAGGGUCCUGCGUGGCCUUUGCAACUACCCAGGCCCGGACUUGGCCGACGACGCACAGCUCAGCGUCGAGUAUCUGCUAUCCAUGUACCAGCCGCCCGAUCUGGCGGUCACGCUGAUCCCCCUUUUCCGCCAGGCUGGGUUCUAUCGAGUACUCAAGCGUAUUUACAAGGGUGACCAGCAGUACGGGAAGCUGAUUGCAACCUACUUUGAGGAUCCGGGGGAGCGCGAGGGUGUCUUCGAAUGCAUUGCGGAGUGCCUGGCGCAGGCUGGAAGGGGACGAACGAGGCGUCAGCUGCAGGACGUGCAUGCGGUUGUCAGGGAGAAUGCACGAGCUUUGGUGCAGCUCGACCCGGCGAGGGCUGCGCGGACUAUGGAUGGCGGCGCGAAGGAGCUACACGUGGACUUGCUGGAGGCCGUCAAUGACGAGCCGGAGUUGCAGUUCCGGUACCUGAGAACGAUCCUCGAGCCAUCCUCUGAAAAUGAUAGAGAUGAUGCAGACGUGAGGAGAAAGGUUGAUGAUGAUAGCAAUAGCAACGACAUCAAGACAGCCAACCACAAUGAGCUGGUGGAGCGCUAUGUCAGGCUGAUGUGCCGCUUCGACCCAACGCACGUGUCUGAGUACAUUGGACUGGUGCAGAGCACGGCAGACCUGCGGCUUGAAAGCCUCCUGCCGACAAUGGAGGAGACAGGUGUGGUUGAUGCCGCAGUCGUACUGAUGGCGCGUGACGGGAGGGUUGGCGAGGCCAUGCAGCGGCUGGUCAGGCACCUGGGGACACUGGAGAGCGCUCUUCUGGGUCUUUUGGCGGCGGCGUACGGCGCGGACAGUCAUCGACAAAAUGCCGAGGACGACGAGGAAGAACUAAUGGAGUCCAUGAAGAAAUACAUCCACGUCGGCAUUUGGCUAUGCCAGGGCCAGACCAGGACCGCGGCAGUUGUGGCAAGGAAGAAGGCUCAUCUUGGUGGUGGAAAGGACGCAAAGGGCAAAGACAAGCACGGCCGUGGGCAUGAGGAGCUGUCUAAAGAGGAGAACCUUUGGCUGGAUCUGAUCAACGCCACGGUACGACUGACAAGGUCUGUUUCAGCCGCGGUUGAGGGUUCACAUGACAGGCCAGCCAAUGGUGAGAACUCAAACAAUGAUGGCAACAGCAAGCAUGUACAGAAUGGGGUCCUGGAUAAGAGCAAAAUCCUCGAUGGAUUGAGAUCGUUGGUCCAGCAGACAUUCACGGCACUUCUCACCUCCACGUCAACACCAACCAACCACAAGGCUCCCGCACCUACAGAUCAAUCAGCAGCACCGCAAGCACUGGUUAGGGCCGCUGGUCCGAAGUCCUUGGCAACAAAUCAUGACGGCAAGGCGGCCGUUCACAUCAACAACAACAACCUGUCCUUCCUCCGUAUCCUCCGCGCCUUCCUUGCGCAAGCGGCGGCAACCUCUCCAUCCUUGGCGGACCUGCGGGCUGUACUGGCAACAAUAUUCUCAGCGUACGCCUAUGAGGAGAGCAUCCUGAGGCUCGCGAACCGCUUACUGGAGCGCAGCUUGUUCGUCAGCGUCGGGCGUGCUGUCCAACUCCGGCAGCGCGGCUGGCGACCACGAGGCUCGACUUGUGAGGCAUGCGGACGCAGGGUCACUGGGCCGGGCGUCGCGGGGACCACGGUACUCAAGGCGUGGGAAGAGAAAGAGAAUAGAGACCGGGCCGCGAGGGAGGAGAAGGCGGCACGGCGGCGGUAUCUUCUGCUGUUGCGUGGACAGCCCAUCUCUGGCGGUGACUCCCUCCUCGGCGGUUCCGAUACCGAAGACAUUAGUACCGAGACAGGCACCGGUAAGGGCAAGGGCAAGGCUACGGAGCAGCACCAAUCACAGUCUCAGCAGACUGGUCGGUCUAGGGCCGACUUUAAGAUACGGAACGAGGAACCCCUUGGUCAGGCCGUAGAGGAGGAAAGCGCCCUAGCUAAGGCAGUGGCUGGCGUCAUGGCUGCCGAGAGGCGGGGGCCUUCGGCCGCUUACAACAGCGCAGAUGAGGGCAGCGGCGGCGGAGCCACGAGGCGAAAGGACGAGCCGCUGGGCCCGCUGGUCGUGUUGGCCUGUCGACAUAUUUACCACCAGAGCUGCCUAGAAGCGCUGCAGGACAGGAGCAAUAGCGGUGGCGAUGGCGGCGGGCUGCGGUACAGAUGCCCCAUAGAUAGAUAG